AUGGGGACGAAGCAGCAGCCGGCAAGACCUCCGCUUGGAACAGCAGUGAAGCCGUCACCUCUGGCUGCACGUACGAGACGUUCGGAGGUGGCGACCUUCCCUCGCUCGGAUCUCUGGAACUGGACGGACGAUGGCGCCAAGGAUGAGCUUAUCGAGAGUAUGCUGCGCGAGUGCGUACCACCCAUGGCGGUGCCCUCGACGCCAGCUCUGAAUGGCACUACCCCGAUGGCCUUGGGGGGCAUCAACCGGAAAAUGUUGGUCUCACAGCGCCAAAAACUGGCAACUGCUGGCCAACACUCGCAUCUACAGCCAAUGAGCUCACAGAGGAAAAAUAGGAACUUGCAGUCACCGCCGACGUCGCUCCCUCCGCCGCAGCUACAACCGUCAUCUUCUAAGAAUUUGGCGGCUGUCGCCGCUGCUGCGACUGCUCAGGAUGGAUGGAAGGCCUUUAAAGUUGCCCAUCGGACUAAUAAGGUGCUAAGCAAGACACGGCAGAUGAUUAAUGUUCUGACCGAAAUGAGAACAGCAGCGGCUGCAGCAGCAAAGUUGAUGGAAGUGAAAGCGAAGUUCAAACGAGAAGUGUUGGAUGAGGAUACUACUGACAGUAACCAAAUAAGUAGCACAAACGGUGCUGAAGAUGUUCAAGGCGAAGCUGAAGACUUUUGGAGACUGUACAAGAACACAACGUCGAGUAAACGGCCUGACUCCACUCGAGGUCGCUAUAUCACCAACUGCCAGAACGCUUCUCUGCUAGUACUUCCUGUACUAGAUCUAAAGCGACCAUCGCGUUAUGAACGAGUCAGUCAAUCGCUCUGCUAUGACAAUUACUACUUUGGCGACAAGCGCGCCGAGGCGCUGGGAGACGCGCUUCGACUACUUCCAGUGCCUGUACAGACCUUGUCAAUGAAAAAUGUGGGUGUUUCUGGCAAUGGAUCAUCCGCUAUCAUGAGCGGUAUAGCGAUGAAGCAAUUGAAACACCUCAGUUUUUCAGGAAACCGACUCGGCUCCAAGGGAACUCACACCAUUUAUCGGAUGCUUGAGAAUCCGCAAACUAAUCUGAAGUCGCUGGAUCUUGGCAAUAAUCUGCUUGGUGACCAAGCAGUGAAGACGCUAAUCCAGUGCCUACUGAAUCGCUGUACGCUAGAACAUCUCGACCUUCGACGAAACCACGUCUUUCAUGCUGCUGUUUCCAUUGGAGAGCUCCUGCGUAUAUCGACACCACUCACAUCUCUUAAUCUCUCUUGGAACAACAUACGCGGCGAACCAGCGCAACAUUUAGCACGAUGUAUGAUGGAAAACUUGACGCUUACUCACUUGGAUCUUUCUGACAACACACUUGGGAACAACGGAAAAGCUGACGCUGACCUCGGCGCAUGCUUAGCAACAAACAAAUCACUACGGCUCUUAGAUAUCUCAAAUAAUCACGUCCAGGCCAAAUCGAUGUUGGUGUAUGUCAAUGGCCUGCAGCAAAACGCAGUUCUCGAGAGUCUUGUCAUUCGCGGCAACCCUAUUGGUGUCAUUGGAGGGGAAGCUGUUCUGCGUUCGGUAGCCUCAGGAUCCAUAUCAAGCUGCCAAAUCGACAUUGGUAAUUGCAAUCUGGAAAUUUCGGACAGCAGUCUGGAGGGAACUAUCUAUGGCGGAGGCACCUUUAAUCUGAACAUGGCUGAACGAUCCGACAGCAUAAUACUGAGAGAACUCCUGCAACUUGUAUGGAAAAACAAAACUGAUAUCGUGGACGCUCUCCACAAUGGAACUGCGUUCACGUUCAAUAGGAAAGACGAGAAGGCACUGAUGACCUCGAUUCCGUCACAAGGGUCCAUACAUAUAAAGAUCCAGCCUAACUAUGAUCGUCAUGAAGAGCUGAUUUCUCCUAGUGGCUUCGAUCGAAUCGUCACCCUGAUCGAUCGAUCCUUUGGUCACUCGCAAGAUGGUGAUGAGGCUGCAAAGUUAUUUUGUAUCCGGAUCCUGGCAGAAGAGUAUUCCCUUACGGUAGCUGAAGCUAACACUUUGUUGUCACUUUUCGAAUCUCGUACUUCUCAAGUUGAAAAGGCAAAUGCUGCUGCUACGCUCAUACCGCAGAUCCUCCAGACUCCUUCAACACAAACAGAAAUCUCUUCUGCAACUACAGAGGAGAUUUACGAUUGUGCUUCAAUGCAACCACCGGAUCAAUUUUUCGAGGACAAAGACGGAGAUGGGAAAAUUGAUGUGUGCGGUGAUAUCUGCAUGACUAUUGGCCUCGAAAAUCUCUCCGAUAUCGAGCAGAGCCACAUCGAGCAAAAAGUAGGAAAAUGGAUUUCAUUCAACGUGAACAAUCCGACUGGGCGGUAUCAACUGAACAUGGCAAACUCUAUCGAUCGUCGCAUUUUAAUGCGGCUUCUGGAGGCGAACAAGACAGAGAGGAAGAUGAGACAGCAUUUGAAACUAAUGGACACUUCGCAGCACGGUUUAGCUGCGCAAUCGCUUCAAGGCGGGUUCCGGAAUAUGAGAUUGAAUCGCUUACCAAUCGGAAUGGGGAACAAUUGGCAGUUUCCUCGAUUAGGAAUCCUCGAGAUUGAUUUCGUCCUGACGCGACGUCCUUAUGCAAUUUGUACAGCGCUGAAUGAUGGCACUUUUGAACAGUUUCUGAAGGAGUUCAAGCAGUUGCAAGUGACGGCAGAAAUGAAGCUUGUUGGACUACGAUCCAUUUCGACACUAUACUAUUAUACCUGUAGUCAGGCACAGCGUAUCAUGGAGCACUUUGGCACAUUCGAACGAGAUCCUACCACUGGAUGUUUAUUCCGAGGUGAAGUGUUCAUAGUGUUGUUCAGUCGAAUAAUUGACGAGUGGAACCUCUGUGAAACGCUUUCGUUACUUGAUCUUACCACUAAGACGCAGGUGUUGGAUCGACUGGGUGUGCUGAAUUGUUUCCAUCCGCUGCAACAAAGCGAAACAUACAGGAAUCUCCAGCUAAACGCGUUUGAUCAGCGGCAAUUGGUUUUGAUUCUCGUCAAACUUGCAGUCAGUGGUGAAGCCGAGCUGACGAAUAUGCAGCUGAAUGUCGACACUGUCGAGUCAGAUGUGUGGAAAACCUGGAUUAGCGACGACAAGCUGCCUUCUCAAGGUGUGCUGAGCUGCUCCAUGCGUGCAUUACAUGGUGUACAGUCAGAAGCACAAUUGCCGCCGACAAGCGUGCGCAAGAAACUUCUGCAGUCACUGCUUUUCAAGCUCGAGGAUAAAACUCAUGAGGUGGCUUUGCACUAGACGAACUGAUGACAAGCAAAGCAUCAUAUGUCAACAAGUUGAAGUGAUCAAAUCACAAAA